ACAAAUCGAAGAUUAUUAUAGUGCUUCAUCCACAACGCCCAUGAGUUCAGUACCACUUCAGUUUCUUUUCUAUGGUUAUCCUACACCGUCAGGUUGUUCUAUACCACCGACUAUCAUUGGUAAUCGACCCAAUCGAGCAUGUAUUGGUACACCAAUCGGUUCCAAUGUUACCGAAUAUGUUGUCGUUCAGACAUAUUGUCCUGGACAAACCAUUGUUAAUUUCGUUUCAAGUUCUCCAAUUGGUAUGAAGAAGAGUGCAAUUCUCAAUCCUAGUCCUAACAUCUACCAUUUGAUUUUGAGUUGGAUUCCAACCGCUGAUCAGUAUGGUCCACAACCAUUUUGUGCUGGAGCAGUCGAUAACUCAAGUCUUCAAUCAAAUCAGUGGUGUGUCACAUUUCUUGUUGGAUUCGAAUCACCUGACGUCAUUCGUCCAACUGCGGUUCAAGGUUCAGCAUCACCAGUUGGUACGGUUUUUCAAAAUCAAUCCGUCUUCUCCUUUCAAACAACUAAAUCCGUCGGUCGUCCACGACGAAAUGGUACUUAUAUUUAUUUUCAUGAUGCUACUGCAAACGGUUCGAUUGUUGCACAAUUCGAUUGUGGCUGGGCACCAGAAGUAACAUUCACUGGUUUUACAACAGUUAUUCGCUUUACCUCAACACCAUGGACAGUCGGUCAUUUCUACUACGUAACAAUGGACGGUGGCGUUGUAAGUGGUACAGAAUUUUGUGGUCCUGAAUCUGCACCAAUCACCGAUCCGACUUAUUGGGUUUUUAACAUAUGGGAUCCAGCAGUAUCGUCAACAACAACGACGACAACAACUCCUAUGACAACGGCUACAGUGACAACAAAGCCAACAUCAACAACAAGCAUUAACACUCUCUUGACAACAACUGGUAUUGCGCUAACUACAACAGUUGCGAUGACAACUACAAGUACUGUUACUUCAUCUACUGCUGCAGUUGCAACUACAAUUGCCGUGACAACAGUUGGAACAACCAGUCAAUCACAAACAACUGAAUCAACAGUUGCUGUGAUGUAUCCAAAAGAUUUCGAACAAGCUUGUGAACAGUCGAUAGCUUUAGCAAAUGUCGUCUUAUUUCUCGUGAUGACGCCAGUUCAAGCUGUAGUGAUGUACGCUGCGUUUUUAAAACUGGAGAAUAAAUUCAAUCCGUCACGUACUCAAGCUAAAACAAGACAUAAACAACGAAUACAACGGAUUCUAUAUUAA